CAGCGAUCGAAGUGGAUUCAAAACCCAACCUCUUCUCUCUCCCUCUAUUUCUCAAGACAAACAGAAGAACGAGAGAAGAAAAAGAAAAAGAAAAUCCCCGCAGAAACCCUAAUUUCAUCAUCAUCAUGAUCUCCUUCUCAGAGACUGGAAAUUCCAAACCUAAUAUCUAAAUUCAUAUUCUUUCACAGAGAUAUAAGGAGAGAGGGUGGGAGAGAGAUAAAUAGAUAGCGAUAUGCAAAACCCUAUAAAUAUUUGGGUAUUAAUUAGGAAAGCAGUAUGGAAAUGGCAGAGGAUUCUCAUCCUCUUACUGCUCUUUAUCACUGUCUUCGCUCAGAUCCUCGUCUUCCCCAAGAACAUCACAACCUUCACAUCUUUAAGAGCGCAUAAGGAAUUUCUUGAGGAUAUCUCCAGCUUUAAACACACGGGUGAUGGUUUGAAACUAAAUGCAAUCCACCAGGAAUUGGGUGAAGGUUUGAAAGAGCCAACGAGAAUUGUUUAUAAAGAUGAAAAUUAUACGACCGUAGUUCGUGGGAAUUCUUCUGGUGACAACUUCAUCACUAAGGAUGCUGGCAAAACUGAAGAGGGUGAUAGUUUAUUGGAAGGAAAUGGUUCAGGGAUUGAUAAUGCAAGUGGGAGAAAAAGUCAACCCAAAACUGAAUUGGUCCCAUUUGGAAGGAAGCAGGGGCAGCCUAAACAAUUGUCUGAAGGAGGAGAACCAAAUCGGCGUACCCUGUCUCGGAGUGUAACUGAUGAAAAGGUAAGGCAGAUGAAAGAUCAGCUGAUCAUGGCCAAGGCAUACUUGAAUUUCGCGCUAGAGAACCGUAACUCCCAUUUGGUAAGAGAUUUAAAACAGCGGAUAAAAGAGGUGGAACGAGCAGUCGGUGCAGCCACAAAGGAUUCAGAUUUGUCUCGGAGGGCUUUGCAAAGGAUGAGAUCCAUGGAGGUGACCUUGUCCAAAGCGAGCCGGGUUUACCCUGACUGUUUUGCAAUGGCAAUAAAGCUGCGUGCUAUGACCCACAAUGCUGAAGAACAGGUUCGGGCACAAAAGAAUCAGGCCAGCCAUCUUGUUCAGCUUGCUGCGAGAACCUUUCCCAAGGGUCUUCACUGCUUAUCCAUGCGGCUCACUGCUGACUACUACUCUCUGCAGCCGGUGGAGCGGGAGUUUCCCAAUAGACAGAAUUUGCAGCAGCCAGAUCUCUAUCAUUAUGCUGUUUUCUCUGACAAUGUCCUUGCAUGUGCAGUUGUCAUUAACUCCACUGUCUCCACAUCUGCGGAACCAGAGAAAAUUGUCUUUCAUGUGGUGACUGAUGCUCUCAACCUACCGGCAAUGUCAAUGUGGUUCUUGGCGAACAGUCCUGGUCAAGCAACAAUCCAAGUUGUGAGCAUGGACAAUUUUAAAUGGCUGCCUUCGAGUUACAACUCAAUGUUUACGCAGCCAAACUCCCUCGACCCAAGAUACACUUCUAAACUGAACCACCUCCGUUUCUAUCUGCCAGAUGUCUUUCCUACUCUCAAAAAGGUAGUGCUCCUUGACCAUGAUGUGGUAGUCCAGAAGGAUCUAAAGGGAUUUUGGAGUGCUGAUUUGAAGGGGAAGGUAAAUGGGGCAGUGGAGACAUGUGGGGAAAAUGAAUCAUUUCAUCGGAUGGAUAUGUUCAUUAACUUCUCAGAUGCAUCGGUGGCUAAGAGAUUUGAUGCCAAGGCAUGCACGUGGGCCUUUGGGAUGAACGUGUUUGAUCUGCGUGAGUGGAGGAGACGAGAUCUGACUGCAAAAUACCACAGAUGGCUGCAACUGGGAAAGAGGAAGCAGUUAUGGAAAGCUGGGAGCUUGCCGUUGGGCCUGCUGACUUUCUAUAACCACACAGUUGCUCUGGACCGACGGUGGCAUGUCCUCGGACUUGGAUACGAGUCAGGCGUCGGCCGAGGAGAGAUAGAGAGGGCAGCAGUCAUCCAUUACAAUGGAAACAUGAAGCCAUGGCUGGAAAUCGGGAUGGGAAAGUACAGAAGUUAUUGGAGCAAAUUUCUCAACUACGACCAUCCUUACCUGCAACAAUGCAACAUCCAUGAGUAACAAUGGUGGUAAUUAACUCUGCAGCAUUUCUUCCUCGAGUAUUUACUUGAACCUGCGUUCCCAUUUUCUAAAUGGUGACGACUGAUCGCCUGUACACAUCACAUGCAUGUAUGGAGCAAUCCGGACUGUUCAAAUCAUGGGCCAUUCUGGAGAAUAGCCAAAAUCACACUGAUGACAAUCAUAGCAGUUGAUUUUGCCUGUUGAGUGUGGGCAGCGGACCAACUUAUUUCAGCUGUCUAUUUAAUAAUAAGCGGAUGUUAGGAUCAUUCAAUCAGUUUGAUUUCAUCUGUUGUCCCAUUUGAUGGGCCUCAUUUGGACAGCCGGGAUUGAUUUACAUGCAUGCCAUGCAUAUGGUGGAUGAAUCACUACCAUUUGGAAAAUGAUGACUGAAGCCAAAUUCAUUGUAGUUAUUCUCGUGUAAAUUCCCUUUUAAUUUAAAAAAGAAAUUCCUUUUAUGGGUGGUAAAUUUCCAGAGUUGGAUCAAUUCAACUAAUUAAUAGAUGGAGAUGGAAUAUCGGAGGGUUGUUUGGGUUUUUAUUUUUAAAUUUUUUGUAAUUCUAGUUGCUGGAACUUCCUGUACAGAGACCUCACACCCUUUCCUCUUGUUUCAAAUCAAACAUCUCUUCUAUAUUAAAUUUUUUUCCCCCUU